AUGUAUGUCAGUUCUUUGGUUCGCAGAUGUUCGCAGGCUGCUCCAGCCGUAGAAGAGCCCAAAGAAGAAGCAGCGCCAGAACCAAGCGAGGCAAAAACAGAAGCUGUCGCAGAGGUCAAAGAAAGUGCAGAGGCACCUGUGGUUGCAACAAAAGGACCCGGCAAGGGCCCAUCGAAAGGGCCACCAAAAGGAAAAGGAAAGAGCCCAGCAGCAGAGCAGGCUGCUCCAGCCGUAGAAGAGCCCAAAGAAGAAGCAGCGCCAGAACCAAGCGAGGCAAAAGCAGAGGCCGUCGCAGAGGUCAAAGAAAGUGCCGAGGCACCUGUGGUUGCAACAAAGGGCCCAUCGAAAGGGCCACCAAAAGGAAAAGGAAAGAGCCCAGCAGCAGAGCAGGCUGCUCCAGCCAUAGAAGAGCCCAAAGAAGAAGCAGCGCCAGAACCAAGCGAGGCAAAAGCAGAGGCCGUCGCAGAGGUCAAAGAAAGUGCAGAGGCUGCUCCAGCGGCAGAAGAUGCCAAAGCAGCAGAAGCAGCAGAACCAAAUCCAGAAACGAAAGAAACGGGCGAGGCAAAAGCAGAUGCCGUUGAAGAGGUCAAAGAAACUGCAGAGGCACCUGCGGUUACAGCUAAAGGACCCGGAAAGGGACCAGCAAAAGGGCCAUCAAAAGGCAAAGGAAAGAGCCCAGCAGCAGAGCAGGCUGCUCCAGCGGCAGAAGAUGCCAAAGCAGCAGAAGCAGCAGAAGCACCAGAACCAAAUCCAGAAACGAAGGAAACGGGCGAGGCAAAAGCAGAUGCCGUUGAAGAGGUCAAAGAAACUGCAGAGGCACCUGCGGUUACAGCCAAAGGACCCGGAAAGGGACCAGCAAAAGGGCCAUCAAAAGGCAAAGGAAAGAGCCCAGCAGCAGAUCAGGCUGCUCCAGCGGCAGAAGAUGCCAAAGCAGCAGAAGCAGCAGAACCAAAUCCAGAAACGAAAGAAACGGGCGAGGCAAAAGCAGAUGCCGUUGAAGAGGUCAAAGAAACUGCAGAGGCCAGCUAUGUCAUGCACCUGCGGUUACAGCCAAAGGACCCGGAAAGGGACCAGCAAAAGGGCCAUCAAAAGGCAAAGGAAAGAGCCCAGCAGCAGAGCAGGCUGCUCCAGCGGCAGAAGACGCCAAAGCAGCAGAAGCAGCAGAACCAAAUCCAGAAACGAAAGAAACGGGCGAGGCAAAAGCAGAUGCCGUUGAAGAGGUCAAAGAAACUGCAGAGGCCAGCAUUGCUGCUCCAGCAGCAGAAGACGCCAAGGCAGCAGAAGCAGCAGAACCAAAUCCAGAAACGAAAGAAACGGGCGAGGCAAAAGCAGAUGCCGUUGAAGAGGUCAAAGAAACUGCAGAGGCACCUGCGGUUACAGCUAAAGGACCCGGAAAGGGAUCAGCAAAAGGGCCAUCAAAAGGCAAAGGAAAGAGCCCAGCAGCAGAGCAGGCACAACUGGCAUAACCCAAAGCUGUUUGGGUUCUGGUGCGCUGCUCCAGCGGCAGAAGACGCCAAAGCAGCAGAAGGAGCAGAACCAAAUCCAGAAACGAAGGAAACGGGCGAGGCAAAAGCAGAUGCCGUUGAAGAGGUCAAAGAAACUGCAGAGGCACCUGCGGUUACAGCUAAAGGACCCGGAAAGGGAUCAGCAAAAGGGCCAUCAAAAGGCAAAGGAAAGAGCCCAGCAGCAGAGCAGGCUGCUCCAGCGGCAGAAGACGCCAAAGCAGCAGAAGCGGCAGAAGGAGCAGAACCAAAUCCAGAAACGAAGGAAACGGGCGAGGCAAAAGCAGAUGCCGUUGAAGAGGUCAAAGAAACUGCAGAGGCACCUGCGGUUACAGCUAAAGGACCCGGAAAGGGAUCAGCAAAAGGGCCAUCAAAAGGCAAAGGAAAGAGCCCAGCAGCAGAGCAGGCUGCUCCGGCGGCAGAAGACGCCAAAGCAGCAGAAGCACCAGAAACAAACCCAGAAACCUCUGUCCAACCUCAGGGCACCAAGGGAGUGAAGUUUGAGGAACCAGUGCACGAGGCGCCAGCGGCAUUGGUCCCCAGCAAACCAGCAGAUCACCUGAAUGGUGCGGCGGUUGACCUCAAUGUGAGCCACGUGAACGGACAGCUGCUGAAACGUGGUCCAGUCUUCGGAUAUGCGUUCCAAGCGCGUUGGUGCAUCCUCACCAACACGCAGCUCAUCGUGUACAAAGACGAGCGUUUCAGCCAGCGGCAGAGCGCUGAGCGUCUGAGCUACGACGCCAAAGCCGCGCGCUUCAGCUGCCACGAUGCGCCCGGCGAGGCCGUGAAACACAAGUCGGACAAACCUUGCGGCUUCGUCCUGGACUCCAAUCCUAUGGCUGGGAAGGGACGGAAACUCUCCUACUUUGACGCAGAGAAUGAGGAAAAGAUUGCCAUUUGGCUCGAAGCCAUUGCGAAGGUGGUGGCUAGGCGGAAAGAGGCAGUCACCCUGCACGUCUACGACAUGGCUGCCGCAGGGAGCAUUGAAGGCGACACAAAGCCCUUGGGCACUGGCCACUUCCAUGUGGGCAUCGAAAUCAAUGGCUCCGAGUGGAGCUAUGGUUUCAGCGAGCUGGGCAGUGGCGUUUUCGAGUGCAAACCGACGCACUGCGAGCCCCACAGCUAUCGAGAUGCCAUUGAACUUGGAUACACUUCCUUGCGAGAAAACGAGAUCUCCGAGAAGAUCUCGAAGUUGAAGGACGAGUGGCCAGGGUGCCGUUACGAUGUAUUGAAGAACAACUGCUGCAGCUUCUGCAAGUCCUUCUGUGAAGCCUUGGGUGUGACGCUUCCUCCCUGGAUUUUACGCUUGGCUUCGGCCGAGGGUCAAGGUGCCAACGACAAGGCACGGAAAUCUGCAAUCAUCAUGGCCGCGCAGGCAGUGAUUCCUUGA